CACAGGGCAUUCUUUUGCUGUGUUGUUUUGAUUUGAACGAGUGCUUUGGCUUGGUUGCAUGCAGGGUGGUGGGCGAAAUUCGAAGUGCAACAGAUCUGUUAAAAAUGCCCAGGCAGGUGUCAUUAUCUCAGAGGCAACGUCAUGUUGAAAAGGAACGAGAGAGACGGCAACGAUUCCACAAUAUCUUUGAGAGUUUGAGACAUCACGGAAAUUUCCGGUUGGGACCUCGUGCCACGGAUUUUGACUACCUGGUUGCUGCGUUGGCAGAGGCUGGGUGGGAGGUGGAGAGUGAUGGUCGAGCCCGGCGAAGGGAGGAUAUGGCGGUCACGGCCGUUCCGUGUGUUGUCGUUGCGGAGAGUUCCGAUAUCCCUGACGGCUUGCCUUGCUGUAAAGCAAUCCCAAUCCAGAAAAUUGCCGCGGCUCCCCAUCCGCAGUCUUGGGACAUGUUGCCAGAGGACGGUGAUGGAGAGCAAAUGGGCUGCAACAAGAAGAAAAAGAAGCGAGGGAUGACAGUGACGCAUGUACAAGGAGAGGACGAGCAGGAUGUUCGACAUCUGUCACUGCCGUUAAAGGAAUGCCGAUCGGCUCGGGAGGCACCGGUUUUGUCGCUUGCAUGAUGCCGUCAAAAACAAACGAGAAUGCAGAGGAAUGACCGUCAUUUCCACUGGAUGUAUGUAGUUUGUUUGGCUGGCUUCGGUAAGGUCGCGAUGCUUGCGGUGGCCGCUGGACCGUAUUGUUAUGCGCCGUGAAGAAGGCGGCGCCGUGGUGGACAACGCGUACGAUUGUCAGCGUGCAUUCUGUUGCCCGCGUCAUUCUUGGCUGUACGUGGCUGUUACCCAAGCGAGGGGGUGGGUGCGCAAUGCAAAAGCGAGCUCUGACAUGUACAUAGAGAGGGUUCGACCUCUUGGCAGGUCGGUAAAGGCCUGAAGCAACAGUCUCAGUCUGUCGCGGCCCCUUAUUUAGUUCUGAUGACAAUAUCAUGUAUAAAUGGAGCUUGCUGCUGCACAAUUGUUGGCCGACAAGGUUCGAAAGAUCGAUGGAUGCUAGUCUGCGUCAAGCGUGAAGUCUUGGUGGCGGAGUUUGCAACGUAACCUGUCGUUUCAUAGGGCAUCCCUCCGUGCCGAUCCUCGCUCCCUUGUGCCCCCACAAUUUUUCUCAGGUAAUCCGACCGCUUCUUCCGAUGAGGGUGUAGUAGAGGAGGGCUCCCAUCCCUUGAUAGUGUGAAGUGCUGGUCCGUAGUACCAGUCGAUCGUGCCAGGUCUCCCACCAGGGUUUGCGUCUCGCUCCUUUGACUGAUUGGAAUACCGAUCUCACUUGGCCUGGCGGUUUCAAGUAAUGUAUUCAGGUGAUUGUUUCAUUUCUUUCCACGCUUGCGGGCAGGGUGCCAUCAGCUCCAAAAGGUUGGCAGUGCUGCUCAUAUGGGACCAUUUGGCUUUGGUCCCGACGUUCCCCUUUGUGCUUGUACUACUUGGCUUGUUAUUGGGCAGCAUCUUGCCCACUGAUCGCCGGACUGCUCAGUUGUUAUUGGUUUAGCUCGGGUAGGUGGCGGGCUGGGCAUUGAAGUUAGAGAAUGCUACUUCUCCAUUCUAUAUCUGCCUCUUCUUUUUGGUCCCCCCCUCAUCCUGUUUCAUUCCCUUUAACUCCAUGCCAUUUCAUUCAUUUCGUUCGAUUUUCUUUCAGUUCGCUUCGUUGCACGCACAUGUCACACAUUCACAGUGAUGGCUUGCUCGCUGCUCAUCCGACGAUUCGCCAUGACCUAGAUGAGCUAGCACUGAAAAAAGUGGAGGUUGCUGUCGCACGGGUCAUGAAUCUUGACGUGUGUGUGCGUUUCAAUCCCCUCCUCCCUUCGAUUUGCUGCAGUAUGUAUUUCAUCUAACACUGAAAUCUCUUUUCGUAGACAGUCCGUGCGCUUGAUGAUAGCUGCUGGCUGGGCAUUGCCACUGCGAAGACUUUGCUGAUCGAAAUCUCAUUUCCAGAACGUCCAGAUUCCUCGUAUAUGGUGGUGGCCAUGUUGGUUGUGGCGAAGCUGACUCGCAGCGGGCCUAGAAGAGGCAGAGGAGGGGCAAAUGGGUUGUGAUGACCAGUCGGUCAGUUUGCUUCUGAUUGGUUGAUUGGUUGGUUGAUUGGUUGGUUGAUUGGUUGAUCGAGCGAUUGUUUGAUUAACAUACCUCUGUCUCUCUGCGGUUAACGCUAGUUAACCAUGGACAUGACUGACUGGGUUUGUCUAUGUCUGAAGUCUGUGGUUUAUUUUUAGGUGAGCAUGCAUGGACAUCAUUGGUUGGGACUUGGAGUAGUAUCCCUAGCUACGUAAGGCAGGGACUCAGCAAGGUAACAUGUUUUCAUAACAGGCGUACAGAGUCUACAGACGGUACAGGUAAGAUUAGACCGUAUAUUAUAUCUGGCAUUCUGAAUCUCUUCUAAAUGCUGCCUUGCUAUGCUGGAGCUCGGUUCUGGAUGUGUAUUAGCCUAGCCAAUAGCCAAUUAGCCGAUAGCCGAUAGACGAUAGCCAAUAGCUAGUUGCAGUUUGUUUCGAACAGUUGAUGCUGCAGGGUUGUGCACUGUUGCGGUUUGUUUGGUAUUUUUUUCUUGUAAUGAAAAAGAAUUGUAAAG